UCUCUACCCUUGGAGCCGGGUUACAUGGCGGCGGCUGGAGCGGUAGCGAGGCAGCCGGGAACCGGAGCGGAGCCCGCCGUUAGGGCCGGGCGGUGCAGGAGCCUGUGCAGCGCAGCCCCUCAAUGAGCCUGGGAAGCCCCGUUGUCACGGAAUAAAAUGGAUGGUAGCUUUGAUUGUGAUUGUGGUGAGCUGGAGCCACCUGAUCAUUAGCAGAAGGCAACUUUUGUAAAUCAAGAUCUGCCAGUUUCCUGUUUAACUAGACUGUAAACAAAGGAGGAAGAAAAGGAAGAAAAAACAUAGUGCUUACCAGCACCAUAGAAUGACGCUGCUCAGGACCAGUCCAACACUGAAUGUAUCUGCACUGUGAGGAGGAGGAUGUUAAUAGAAGUCUAUUAUGUGCAUAUUUAUUCACAUUUUUGUUAAAUGUUACCCAGUUACAUGGUAGAGCUGAGUGCAUAGUAUGUCAUUUCAUUUCGUUUGAGUUUCUUGUGAGUAUUUUCUUUAAUGUCUGCAGAGAUUCUGCACCUUCCUUGAACUAUGAAUGCUGCAAUCUUUCUAUCUUACGCUCAGUUUGAGUUAUAGCGUUUGUCAGCUCUAAAUUUAAGGGGACACAACAGGCCUGGUUGGCUAAUAAUGCAAUGAGUGUGUCAAAAAAACAUAUUGCAGUCAAAGCCGAGUUUUUCUUCUCCCUUUCUGUAAGAUCUUUCCUUCAGAUACCAGUGGAAGAGUGUCUACGUAUUUACAGAAGCUUGGUAGCUUAAGAGGAAAAAGAAACGUGAAGAAUUUCAAAAUGGCAGAAAAGUUUGAAAGUCUCAUGAACAUUCAUGGUUUUGAUCUGGGCUCUCGAUAUAUGGACUUGAAACCACUGGGCUGUGGUGGAAAUGGCUUAGUUUUUUCUGCUGUCGAUAAUGACUGUGAUAAAAGAGUGGCUGUCAAGAAAAUUGUCCUCACAGAUCCUCAGAGUGUUAAACAUGCUCUACGUGAGAUUAAAAUUAUUAGAAGACUUGACCAUGAUAACAUUGUGAAAGUAUUUGAAAUUCUUGGUCCCAAUGGAAGCCAGUUAACGGAUGAUGUGGGCUCCCUUACGGAACUGAACUGUGUUUACAUUGUUCAAGAGUACAUGGAGACGGAUCUGGCUAACCUGUUAGAGCAGGGCCCUUUACUGGAAGAACAUGCCAGGCUUUUCAUGUACCAGCUGCUACGUGGGCUCAAGUAUAUUCACUCUGCAAACGUUCUGCACAGAGAUCUCAAACCAGCUAAUCUUUUCAUUAAUACUGAAGACUUGGUGCUGAAGAUUGGCGACUUUGGUCUUGCACGGAUCAUGGAUCCUCAUUAUUCCCAUAAGGGCCAUCUUUCUGAGGGAUUGGUUACUAAAUGGUACAGAUCACCCCGUCUCUUACUUUCUCCUAACAACUACACUAAAGCCAUUGACAUGUGGGCUGCAGGUUGCAUCUUUGCUGAAAUGCUGACUGGGAAAACCCUCUUUGCAGGUGCACAUGAACUUGAACAGAUGCAGCUGAUUUUAGAGUCAAUUCCUGUUGUGCAUGAGGAGGACCGUCAGGAGCUUCUCAGUGUAAUCCCAGUUUACAUUAAAAAUGAUAUGACUGAGCCGCACAAACCUUUAACACAGCUGCUUCCAGGCAUCAGUCCUGAAGCACUGGACUUCCUGGAGCAAAUUUUGACAUUUAGUCCCAUGGAUCGAUUGACAGCAGAAGAAGCUUUGUCCCAUUCUUAUAUGAGCAUUUACUCCUUUCCAACGGAUGAGCCCAUUUCAAGUCAUCCUUUUCACAUUGAAGAUGAGGUUGAUGAUAUUCUGCUCAUGGAUGAAAGUCACAGCCAUAUUUAUAAUUGGGAAAGAUACCAUGAAAGUCAGUUUUCAGAUCAUGACUGGCCUAUUCAUAAUAACUUUGAAGCUGAUGAAGUUCAGCGUGAUCCAAGGGCUCUUUCUGAUGUCACUGAUGAGGAAGAAGUGCAAGUAGAUCCUCGCAAAUAUUUGGAUGGAGAUCGUGAAAAGUAUCUGGAGGAUCCUGCUUUUGACACACACUUCUCUACUGAGCCUUGCUGGCAAUAUCCCGACCACCAUGAAAACAAGUACUGUGAUCUGGAAUGUAGCCACACUUGUAAUUACAAAAUGAGGUCAUCUUCAUACCUAGAUAACUUAGUCUGGCGAGAUAGUGAAGUUAACCAUUACUAUGAGCCCAAGCUUAUUAUAGAUCUUUCUAACUGGAAGGAGCAGAGCAAAGAAAAGUCUGAUAAGAAAGGCAAGUCAAAAUGUGAAAGGAAUGGAUUGGUGAAAGCUCAGAUAGCUCUUGAGGAAGCAUCACAGCAGCUUGUUGAAAAAGAAAGGGAGAAGAAUCAAGGGUUUGACUUUGAUUCAUUUAUAGCAGGAACCAUUCAACUUAGUUUACAACAUGAGUCUACUGAUGUUGAUAAAUUAAAUGACUUGAAUAGCUCAGUGUCCCAACUGGAAUUGAAAGCCUUAAUAUCAAAGUCAGUAAGCAGAGAGAAACAGGAAAAAGGAAUGGCCAACUUGGCACAGUUGGAAGCGCUGUACCAAACUUCUUGGGAUAGCCAGUUUGUAAGUGAUGGGGAGGAGUGCUUCCUCAUAGAUCAGUUUUGUUGUGAAGUCAGGAAAGAUGAACAAAUUGAAAAAGAAAACACUUACACCAGUUAUUUGGACAAAUUCUUUAGUAAGAAAGAAGAUACAGAAAUGCUAGAAACUGAGCCAGUAGAAGAUGGGAAGCUUGGGGAAAAGGAAAGAGAAGAGAGCUUUCUUAGUAACAGUGGGGAGUUUCUCUUUAACAAGCAGUUAGAGGCUAUAGGUAUCCCUCAGUUUCACAGUCCUGUUGGUUCACCACUUAAAUCAAUUCAGGCCACAUUAACACCUUCUGCUAUGAAAUCAUCUCCCCAAAUUCCCCAUAAAACAUACAGCAGCAUUCUGAAACAUCUAAAUUAAAACACUCAGCAGACAUUUUUUUUGUAUUCUUCAUGAGAUGUUUUUGUCUUUUUUAUUACUAGUGUAAGUAAUUUUUUUACUUGAAUCAGAUGGUGUAAUUUUGGUAUGGAUUUCAUUAGCUUUCUGUUUACCAUCAGUUUUACAAUCCAGAAUUAAUUUCUAUACAUGAGUUAGUUUUUUGUUUUUAAACUGGCAUGUCGUUUGCACACAAAAUAAAAGAAUAGAGCAGAAUAAUGCAAAAUGUAGGAAGAAACAAAAAAAUGCACUAAACCAAGUAAAAACAUUCUGUCAGUAAAACAGUUGUCCAUGUUUUGCAGAAAAAAGAACCUUGCCUUGAAAUUUACACAGUGAGACUGUACAUAAUUGCAUGAAAAUAUCUAUUUUUCCCUGAAACAUUUUUUCAUUCGUGUAUUAGUUUUUCAUACUGUAAACAUUUCUUAGACACAUGAUACCAGCAGCAACUGAAAAUGAAUGCAGAAUUUGGUACGCAUGUGUUAUCUACCUCAAGGUAACAGCAGUAUGUGGCAAAACAUUAAUCACCCAUAGUGCUUCUCAUUAUGCACUUCUCUUUAGCCAGCAUUAUUAUAGUAGCUAUUUUUCCUGAAAAAUCAUUCAAUAUUUAUAAAUGUUCUGGUAUGCAUUCUUUAUAGUGAAGUGUUAAUAUGUGGCACUUUUAUUUAUUUUAACAAAUAAAUGUUUUCUGUAAUUACAGAAAGUCAACUUAAUUUUUGAAGUUACUUGGCAGAUAAGGUUUUUGUUUAGCACUAUGGUUUAUUGCCCACAUAGCUGAAUAUAUAAUAACAUUGGCUUAUUCUAAGGCUGUCCAAUACAUCUAUUUUUUUUUAAGUUUUCAUUUCAAGUAAAGCACUCACUGUGUAUAGGAAUUUGUAAUUUGGGGGUGCUUGAUCUCUCUACAAAAAUUUAGGAAUUGCUUUAUUAUAAAAUGCUCCUAGAAAUCUUAAUUGUCUUCAUUUUUUUUUUAAAUUUUGUAACGUUAGUUGUGUGCAUGGAAAUAAUUAAGGUACAUUAUUAAUGUAGGUUAAAAGUUCUAUAUGGUGAGACAUUUUGCUUUUACUGUAUGUUUUUACCGAAUAAUUCCCAGCCCCAAAACAAGCAUGAAUAAAAUUAGGUUAAAUGUAGCAUGUAGCAUCUUGGUCUUCUGGAAAUUUGUUUUACCUUCUGUUUUUUGUUUGUUUGUUUUUGUUGUUUUUUUGGGUUUUUUGGGAUACUGUAUGUAUUAUUGGCUCCCCUGUUUAAAGAAAGACAAAUAAAACAUGGCCAGCAAAAAAUGACUCUCGUUUCACUACUUGUACAAUGAGAAUUACCUGCUGCGUUGUAACUUAGGUAGAUGUCACCAUUUAUAUUGUGGCCUGUGUGCCUGCCCCCAGUUUUAAAUGGUUUCUGUUGCACCCUCAGCCUAUGAUAACUUGAGUGUUGCCCAGAUAGAAAACAAAACUCCCUUUGUAGUGGAAACAAACCCUAGGUGAUGUAUUAUUGGAUCUCCUACUGUAGCAGUAUCCUGUAAUAUUACAUUUAGGAAGGUCACAAAUGUGAUGUAUUGAGACUAUAAUGUUUGGAGGCAGAUGAGUAGUAGCUUCUAUACAUCCAAUCAAUGAAAAUUCAGUUAUUGUGGGUGAAGAUCUUUAAUUUAUAAAUAAGCAUUACUGCUUUCAUUGACCGCACACAGCAACAAAACAGCAUGGCUAUGAGCAUAAUGUUCCAAGAGUACCAGCAAAUUUUCAAGGUACCCUUUCUCUUUUGGCCACUGCUUGGAGCCCUGCUUAUACAGGGUCAGAUUAUGCCCUCCUAUUCCACAUGCAUAAACAGGUCACAUGGGGAAGGAAGGGGCUCCUCAUGUCCUGCCCUAUCACCAUAGCCUGUGCUCCCUGAAGCGCAUAGGCAUAGGGAAGAAAUUAAGCCAUGUCUGUCCCAAAUGCAUGGGACAGCAAAAUUGGCUAGAUUGACUAGAGUACGCGGCUUGAAAGCUAGUCUUACCUGCAGGUCUGGCAUGAUGUACCCUCAACAUGGCACAAAUGAGCAUUGUUUUACAAAUUGUUAGGAUCUAGGCACCUAACUCUUUUGUAACUGCAUAUCAAAUAGGCAGCACUUCAUAAUGUGUAUGUGGAGAGAACUAACAUGGUGUUGAUGCUGUAGCCUUAGCCCUUCUCCCAAAUCUCUCCACCCUUCUGUAGGGGGUUAUCCAGUCCCAUCUGCAGAGCCCCUCAAACGAUGGAGCAACAAGCUGAACAUGGCACACAAAUGGCCAUUUGGGGCUAGCUAGUGUAAAGUGUUUUAGCAAAGACACAUUAUGUCCUGAGUUCAAACUGUCAUCUUGGUGUGCUGGACCCCUCUAUGACCUCUUUUUGCCUAGGAUGGAGAGUGGGAGGAGGAGACUGCUUUGAAAUGAACUAUGAUAAGUAGUCCAUUCUGAAACUGGAUGAGAAGAGUGGGUAUGAAAUUAAUAGAAAUUGCAAACCAAAUUCAGCCCAGAAGCCCACUACUGUCAGUGUGGGCUGAUUCUCCACUGCCUCAUAUCAUAUGUAACAUGAGUGCAAAAAUACUACCACCUCAGAAUGUGAGCAUAUUACACCCAUAAAUAAGACACUUUGUGAAGAAUCUGAUGCCAAGUCUAAAUCGAGUAUGAUAUUUCACGGCUGUAGACCUCCAGGAGUUCUGUGUAAGAAAGAGUGCUUUAUGGACAUUACUGGUUUAUUUUGGUGGGAAGUAGUAUUCUGAGAGAGGCCUGGGUCUGUGAUCACCUGGAGCGUCCAGCUGGUCUAUGCUCUUGCUGAGAGGCCAAUGCAGUGGCUUAGUCAGCAGAACAAAUCCUCUUAGAGCAGAUAAUUAAAGGAGGUGGAAAUGCAUCAGAAGUAAGAGGCAAAGUUAAGUCCAUUGCUAAUAAUUGACAACAGGCUGGUCAGGUCUUUGGUCCUUCCUUGCCAGCCUGCAAAAAUCCUACUUUGGGAGAACAGAGGGUACUUAUAUAGGUCUGAGACUGGUUCAUUCUGGAUGAAAGAUUGCUUUUGCCCUGGAUGUCACUAAGGCUCCUCACCAAAGCAAAAAAUGUAUAAAAAUGACAGUAUAGAGUAGAGUUAAGAAUAAGCCAGAUGAAAGCUCUUCUGGUAAAUGCCAAGGUGGUUGCCAACUCAAAUUCUAUUGUUUUGUUUAAGAGAAAGCAGAUCAAUGAAGAGAAAUGCUAAUAAUUUAAGUUGGUUUUUCCAACUUCUGACUGGUUUUCUGGGUUUCUCUGUUAAAUUUGAAUAUGAUUAAUGAUAACACUGGUCUACAAUUUUUGAGAAGUCGU